AUGACUCAACCUCUUCACCUUCCAUCCACAGAAGCUUUACCACCAUAUGACAUACUCAAUUUUUGGUACGGUGCUGGCACUGAUACUGAGUUAACUAUAUUCUGCUACGGGAAAAGAUUCAAUAUAACCGUAUCUGCCGAUAAUCUACAAGGAGAUCCCGAUGUCGAAAGCGAAUAUUUGUCCCUGCUUCGGAAGCUUGAUUCCGACGAGCUUUUCGAGCAGGAAGAUGAUAAGGGCGAUCCAAUGGAACAGCUGUGUUUCUGGAUAGCUUUCAAAUGUAACUCUCAGAUGAGAGCCCUGGGUUCCAAACAACAACCACAAUUACACACGCUCUAUGAUUGGUUUUAUCCUGAAACCAUCAUUCUAACUCCUAUGAUCAUUGAUGGAAAACUGCAAGCGCAUUCAUCUACACCGAGCCAGCAGCUCCUGCAGGACAUGUUACCAAGUGUGGAGUUGACCUGCUCGAUUGCAGACUUUAAGAUUCCAGUUGUGACGUCUUCGAAAGUCUUCUUACCACAAGAUAUGGCAGGAGGAGACUUACCCCAACGACCAACAAAAGUCUUCACUGAGCACGGAAUGCCACGGUUCUUCAAGCCUGCUUAUGUCAUGGAACCCGCAAUUCGAGAGAUAUCCACAUUGCUCCGUAUCCAAGAACUUGGCUUAUUGAACAUUAUCCGUGCACCUAAGGUUCAUGAGUUUGUGGAUUCUCAAGGCGACUCAUCCAAGAUAUCAGGCAUUUUGAUGGACUAUAUCGAGCAUCGUGACAGUUUGGGAUAUAUUGAUAUCCCAAGCACGCCUUUACCAGUUCGGAGAAAAUGGAUAAGCCAGGUACAGCACACGAUAGAAACGUUACAUGCUGCGGAGAUAGUUUGGGGCGAUGCGAAGCUGGACAAUAUCCUGGUUGAUGUUGAUGAUAAUCUGUGGAUUAUCGACUUUGGCGGGGGCUACACCCAUGGCUGGGUCGAUGAAGACAAGCAGGAAACUAUCGAGGGGGAUAAUCAAGCACUUUCUAGGAUAGUUGAUUUUCUAGUAGGAAAAAGCUCGGAAUAA